GUACAAUGAAUCAGAAGAAAGUACAGCAUCUUGCAGGUGUUAGUUUUGUAAAUGGUGAGUUGUCAAGAACUUCAGCCGUAUGACUAAAGGUGCUCUAUUACUUCACGUUAUCAAUACAAUGAUGACAACUAAGAUAUGAUCAAAGUGCUAUGAAACUAUAGCUUCACUUUCACACGGUCCUUGUUCAUUACUGGUUUAUUCUCCCACAGAUUCAAGCUCUGACCGCACUCAUCAUUACAAAUGCUACCUGAGCUUGCUUACGAGGGGGGAUGUUCCAGUUAGAAUCGUCCCAGUGAACAAGCACCAAACCAGCGGUAAGUUGUUGGUUGCAAAGCACUGUACAUCAAAAGUGAUUUUUAUACCCUCAAGUGAUGAUUUAAAUGUACAAUUUCUAUCAAAUAGUUCGUAAAUGUUAUUCAAACAUCACACAUAAGAUGCAGCGGUUUUUGGAGAAUAUUUGUUGUGCAUUUUGUUGUAGAGAAUUCCCGACAGUAUUAGCUAGCAACUUACUGUGUCUGGUGGGGGGGGGUUCAUAUAUUUUGUACAGUGCGUGAGUGCAGAGUUGGAUGGUGAGACGGGCAUUGCAUGACGUGCAAUUUUGUGUCGUUCUUAUCAGGUACAUUGUUAAAGAUAUUAUAUUGUAAUUGUAUUAUUUUGGUAACUGCCCCAGUGAACAAGCACCAAACCAGCGAAUAAAGCUACAUGACUGGUGCUACAUAUUGGAGUUCCGUGUCGAUGACUGAUGUACACAACGCCAGAAGAGUACUGUUACAGUGGUGCCGUGACCGUUCUUCUGGAUCGGAUCAUCCUUCGCUGGAUUUCCAUCCCAGAACUUCGCCGUGGUUGCUGUUGAAGAAUCAGAUAAGACGUUGCUGGUGCAGUUUGGCGAUAUCGCAUUUCGCCACAAGAUGGCGCCACUAGAACGUUUUAUUAUUGCAAUUGAUGAUUUCUCUUGCUGAGGCUCUUCACAGACAAAGGAUAACUUUUGUGUUACUUGUUUAUUUGCAAUUCUGAUGUAUAUCUGAUAUAAGUAGGGUGAGUUUUACCAGUGUAUUAGAUAUAGGUUAGAUUUUGUCGUGAGGUAAAAAAAAAAAUAUAUAUAUAUAUAUACACAUGUUUUGCUGUUUACAUUUUCAUUAGGGUGUUGAUUUCCCAUUGUUAAAAUGGAAGGUGUUGGGAGAGGUAGGGGUUUCCUGUCAUUUAAUCUGUCACCAUCUGUGGGUAGGGGUUCAGUCAAAAUUCCAGUUAAUUCUACACCUAUGCCCAAACUGGAGGGUUUUGAUGAUAGUUUAUCCAUGGACACGCCCAAGGAUGUGUAUGAAAGAGGUUUGCCAAAUACAGGGAGUGGGGAGGUCUCCAUGGAUUUUAUAGCAGACAUAGUCCAACAGAUUGGUCAUUCCAUUGGGGAGAACAUUGCCUCCUGUUUGGAGUCAAAGGCAAUUGCUGGACAUGUUGGGGACAAUGUUAUGGGGAGUGUAUGCAGCUCGAGGGGUAUGGAUGUGUCAGGCCUGAACCUGGUAUUGAAGUCUGAUAUCAGGGAACCGGUGUAUUUUCGGGGGGAUGGCUCUGAAAAGUGCACAGUGCAUGAGUGGGAGGAUAUGGUAAUGGUUUACAUGCGUAAGAGGGGCGUGUCUGUGAUGGACCAAGCAGUUGAGUUUAUGGGCAGGCUUAUGGGAAGAGCCCGCAAUGUUGUUAAAGUUGGCAUACGCAGCAAUCCCUCCAUUGAAUUAUCUAAAGGCCCGAGUCCCAUCUUUGACAUACUGAAACAACAUUUUAGUGACACUGUUUUUUCAAGCAUGCCCCUUGCUGACUUUUAUGCCACAUUACCUCUGACUGAUGAACAACCAUUUGAAUAUUGGCUCAGACUGAACAGGGCUAUGGAGGUUGCUGAAGAUUGUAUAAAGAGACAGAAAAAAAGUGUUGAAGACCCAUCUCGUGAGCUCACAGUCAUGUUCAUCAGACAUUGCCCUAAUGCUGAACUGUCGCUUAUCUUUAAGUGCAAGCCAUUACAGCAGUGGACCGCUGCAGAUGUUCAUGAGAGGCUGGAUGAAUACAGGAGGGAGCGGAGGUACUCUCACUUAUCUAAGUUGACCCCAGCCAUCGCAACAAUGAAGCAGGAAGUUGGUGCUGUCAUGCCGAUCACCAUGCCUGCUGUGAGGUCCCACAUGGAAGUACCCAAUACGUUGCCUUACCCAGCCCAGCCCAUUCAGGGCUCAGCUGAGCCCAUGGAACGUAUCCUUGCCAUGCUGGAGCGUGUGCUGGAGCAGAGGCCACAACAGUCUGACCAUAAGUUCCAAAAAGGGAAUAGGAGCAAAGUGAAGUCUAAUGGGCCAUGUAACGUGUGCGGGGAUGCUGGACAUAAUACUUACUUUCACUGCAGGGCCAAUCACCUCUGCUUUCUUUGUCAUGUAGCUGGCCACGCACGCUCUCAGUGCCCCAAGGCCGCAGCUCUGAGCACAGCUAGUGGAGUCCCUACAGUAAUCACUGCUCAGCUUCCGGAAAACUAGUAGGCCUGCAUGUAGAAGGGGAGAGUGUUGGGCCUUUUGUAGAGUCCCCAUCAGUGAGAGCUGUUGAUUUGGAGUCUGUAUAUAAAAGUGUUUGUGACGAAAUGGAGACUGAGAAGAAUAUCAUAAUGCAGAACACACAGAGACUUUCCCCGUAUGAUGAUUUAUUCUAUGCCAAGGUGUUAAUAGGAGGAGAAGUGGAAGUGAGAGCUAUGCUUGACAGUGGGUCCAUGGCUUGUACCUUGAGCUCUAGGGUCUUACCUGAACUGUUGCAUGCAGGAGUGUUGAAAAGUCCAUCAUUGAGUCCUACAGAGGUAGUCUUGGUUGGUUGUGGUGGGUUGAAGACGAGGCCUUUGGGAGUAUGUGAGCUGGAGAUGGAGGUGUACGGAUGUAGAGUUGCUGUGCCUACACUGGUGGUUGAAGGCCAGAGUGAUGACCUCAUCUUGGGCAGCAAUCUCCUAAAGCACUUGAUUCGCCACCUGAAGACGGAUGGAGAUCUCUGGAAGAGGGUUUAUACUCCUGUGUGUGACGGGGGUGAGGAGAGCAAGCUAAUCAACAUGAUGGCUAAUGUGGAGAGAUGGAGAGACAGUGAAGUACCUGACAAAGUUGGAACUGUGAGACUAAAAGGGGCUGUGACUCUAGAGCCUAUGCAGGAGCACUUAGUCUGGGGCAGACUACGAAACACUCAGAAUCUAUCAGCUGGCAGUGCUGUUGUCAUUGAGCCCAGCAGUUCAAGGUCAACCCCAAGGUCAAUACUGGUAGGGAGGACAGUAGCUCUAUUGCGGGGGGAUGGGUGGCUCCCUGUUAGAGUGAUAAACCCUUCUCAGAAGACCGUGACAUUGAGACGAAACGCCACUCUAGCCGAUGUCUUUCCUUGCAUGGCUCUAGAGGACUUUGACUGUUCGGGUGUGAAUGAUGGUUCAUCAGCAGCUUUACAGCAGCAAGUGCAGAGAACGGCUGAUAUACUCACUGACUGCCAAGAUGACUUGACACUGACUGACGGUUCCAGCCAACUUCACGAUACUGACGGACCUGACAGUUCAAGCGAGCCUGAGGUCUUACGUGACUUAGGUUUGACUGAUAUUGAUGUCUCCUCCUGUCAAGCGUCUCCUGCUGGUAAGAAGAAACUCAUCCAGCUCAUAGCUGAGUACCAGUCUAUUUUUUCCAGGCACAAGUUGGAUUGUGGAAAAGCUUCCGGAUGUCUUCACCGCAUUCAACUGAGUGAUGAGAAACCCUUUCGGAUGCCCUACCGACGCCUUUCACCAAAUAAUUAUGAGAAGCUCAAACAAGCAUUGAAUGAGAUGGAAGAACGUGAUAUCAUAAGGAAGUCUAGUAGUGAGUUCGCCUCUCCCCUUGUCCUUGUAUGGAAGAAGUCUGGAGACCUGAGACUCUGUACUGAUUUUCGUUUGCUCAAUGCUCGCACCAUCAAAGACGCCCACCCACUCCCUCACCAGGCUGACGCGCUGGCUGCAUUAGGUGGAAAUGCCUUUUUCUCGACAAUGGACCUUACCUCUGGCUACUACAAUGUGGAAGUGCAUGAGGAUGACCGGAGAUUCACAGCUUUUACGUCCCCAUUUGGAUUGUACGAAUACAAUCGAAUGCCACAGGGGUUAUGUAAUAGUCCGGCAACCUUUAUGAGGAUGAUGCUAAACAUCUUUGGGGAUCAGAACUUUCUUAGCCUGCUGUGUUACCUUGACGAUGUCUUGGUCUAUGCGCCCACUGAAGAUCUGGCUAUACAGCGCCUGGAAAAGUGUAACUUUCUGCAGAGGUCUGUGAAGUUUCUGGGGCAUAUCAUUAGCGCGGAUGGUGUAGCUACAGACCCUGAGAAGGUGAGGGCCAUUACAGGAGUAACAGAAGCUGAUUUGACGAAAGAUGGCACUGACAUUCCAUCUCAGAAGAAAUUGAGGUCAUUCCUUGGGAUGGUGGUGUAUUAUCAACAGUUCAUUGAAGGUUGCUCGACCAUUGCAAAGCCUCUCUUUGGAUUGACUACUGGACACAAGGCUCCACGCUGGAAAAAGAAGCGAAGCUCACCUGUCAGGAAGUUGACGGCUGCCGACUGGACAACAGAAUGCAGACAGGCCUUAUUCCAGCUAAAGCAAGCCUUGCUGGACCAGGUUUUGUUGGCCCACCCCAACUUCGAAAAACCCUUUCUACUCUCGGUGGAUGCAUCCAGCAAUGGAUUAGGUGCUGUGUUAUCUCAGGUGCAGGAACCGGGAGCUACAGCGAGACCUAUAGCCUUCGCGAGCAAGUCCCUCAGUUAUGCACAGUCAAGGUAUCCUGCGCACAGGCUCGAGUUCUUUGCCAUGAAAUGGGCUAUCUGUGACAAGUUCCACCACUGGCUACGGGGACAGCAGUUCACGGUAUGGACGGAUAAUAAUCCCUUGACAUACAUUCUGACCAAAGCAAAGCUUGAUGCUUGUGAACAGAGAUGGGUCGCCAAGCUGGCACCGUACGAGUUUGACAUUAAAUACAUCCCUGGAAAAAUGAAUGUUGUUGCAGAUGCUUUGAGCAGAGAGCCCUUCGUACGACCCAGUGCACUCCAUCGCCUGACAAGGGUCCCGUACGAGACCUUACUAGCUGAAGCCGACGCUGUGCGCACAGACAGAGUGCAAGAUGUGUUUCGCUGGUCCAGCCACCCCUUUGACAAAGCCUCUGACUCCAACGAAGUGGUCAUUAGCUGUCAGGCUACUGUUGACCCCCCAUCUGGUGCUUUAUCAAGACAUGAAGUUGCAGCUGUUCUUCAUUCACAUAGGUGCUGGGUGGGUGAAGUGGGCACACAUGCACUGCUGUUGCCACAGCUCCCACAGGCUGUUAUGCCAUCAGAGCAGACCGAUGUCGAUGUUCUGCCACACGACCUACUGAUGAGUAAGCAGCGUGAUGACAACGUGAUCAGCAAAGUCAUCUUCUUUGUUGAGAGGGGGAGAAGACCAUCCCGGAGAGAGCGUGCCCAUGAGAGUGUUGAGGUUUUGGGUCUUCUCAGAAGUUGGGACAAGUUGACCAUGAAGAGGGGUGUACUGUAUCGUGUUUCGAAGAAUGUGGUUACAAAGAGGAAAAUGUAUCUGUAUGUGGUUCCAGCCUCCAUGAAAGCAAUGGUGUUGAAGGGUGUCCAUGAUGAAGCUGGCCACCAGGGCCAACAGAGAACAGUCUACCUGACAAGACAGAGAUUCUUCUGGCAUGGCCUGGAGAGGGAGGUAAAAGCCUAUGUGAAGUGCUGCAGGAGAUGCGUGGUGAGCAAGACUCCUGAUCCGGAAGCAAGAGCUCCUCUUGAGAGCAUAAUAACAACUGAGCCUCUUGAACUAGUGUGCAUAGACUUCUGGUCUGCAGAAGAUUCUUCAAACAAAUCCUUGGAUGUGCUCGUUGUUACUGACCAUUUUACCAAAUUAGCUCAUGCCUUCUUGUGUCCGAACCAGUCUGCUAAGUCAGUAGCUCAUCAGUUGUGGAACAACUAUUUCUGUGUCUAUGGGAUGCCUCGCCGUAUACACUCAGACCAGGGAGCCAACUUUGAGAGCGCUUUAAUAGCCGAACUGUUGAGUGUUGCAGGCGUUCAGAAGUCUCACACCACGCCGUACCAUCCGAUGGGGAACGGGUCCUGCGAAAGGAUGAAUAGGACUUUGGGAAACAUGAUCCGGGCCCUGCCAACGAGAGCAAAGCACAGAUGGCCUCAGGCGCUGAAGUCCCUUACGUUUGCAUACAAUUGUACAAUCCACGAGACCACAGGCUUUGCCCCUUUCCUGCUAAUGUUUGGGAGGACGCCAAGACUGCCUGUUGACAUAGUCUUUGGCUCUGUCAUAGAGAACCCAGAAGUUGUCGACUAUGACCAGUUUGUUCAGUCUUUGAGGAGAGAUCUGAAAGAAGCCAUGAAUGCAGCACAGGCAUCUGCAGCGAAGCAGUUGAAGAGGCAUGCUGACCUUUAUGACAGAAGAGUCAGAGGAGCACCAGUGGAGAUUGGGGAUCGAGUAUUGCUGGCUAACAAGGGGGAGCGGGGAAAGCGGAAGCUCGCUGACCGUUGGGAGGAUACUGUCUACCUUGUCACUGGAUUGAAUGCUGACAGUCAUACUUUUAAGAUUCAGAACAGCUCCACUGGACGGGAGAAGACGGUACAUCGCAACCUGAUAAUGCCAGUCAACUUUCUUCCUCUUCCUCAUGCUGCUGUUGAGGAGGGAACAGACAUGUCUGGAUUAACAGAGUCUGAGGACAUGAAUGACAGCCUAGUGGUCUCAGCUGCCAUGGACACUGCAGUGGAUGAUGGUGCUGAGUACAGAACCAGAGUGUGGGUGUCAGAGUUGUCUUCUGAAGGAACAGGUGACACAAGCCUGGAGGGUGAUGUGCGAUCCUUGGAUGCUCAGGAUAUUCCACCUUUGGUUUCCGUGGAUGAUAUACUGCAGCUGGAAGGUCUGCCUCGAUCAGAGAGUCUUCAAGAAUCUGACCGAGACUGUAACAGUGUAGUGAGUGAGCUAAUUGACCAGUCUGCUUACGAUAUCCGUACUGACCUACCAAACGCGGACCAUUCCUUACCUGAUCAGUUACGUACUGACUGUGUUGACGGACACACUAUUGCAACAGUACACAACAAUGUUACCCCUUAUGCAGUUGAAGGUAGUCGGGGUCAUAUUAAGUCAAGGGCAGGAAGGCUAUUUAAACCAGUGUCAAGACUGAUUGAGAUUAUGAAUCAGCAGAAAGUUAGCUCUUGAAGGUUAAAUAUGUGAAUAGAGGGUCAAUGGUAUUGACAUCUUUUAUUUGUUUUGCUUUUACAUCGUUGUGACCAUAAUUAGAGGUUGCAGGAUGGUAAUGUGACAUAUGAUAAAGUCUCUUAUGGUGGUUUAUUUUAUUACUUGGAUGUUUUAAAGUCACCGAGUGUACUUAACAUGUGACAGGCAUGUUUACCUAUGAGGGCUAAGGGGUUUGAUCAACCGCUUUUCACUCUGAUUCUCAAGGAGAAUAGUCUAAUGACUGGAAUAUUUAGUGACUGAUUUAAAGCAGGGUCUGCAUCCUUGAUAUACACAGCUUUACCUUUUAGUUUUCUCUAUUAUGUAGUAUAUAUUUUUUUUUCUCUGGAUUAUUCUGUACAUAUGUUUUGAGUGUCUCUGUAUCUGGUAUGUUUGCACAGUGCCGUUUUGUAUUUUGUUAUUUUUCUUGGCAAGUGGAAUUCAGUAGGGGGGAGUGUAACAGGGUUAAAUUGGUGAUUCCCCUUGCCACAUUAUUUGUAAGCCAAUGGGUUUUUGGUUUUGAGUUUGUCUUGCCUUCACCUACUCAACAUGGCAUCUUAUUGGCUGGUUUGCGUAGCUUGCUUACGAGGGGGGAUGUUCCAGUUAGAAUCGUCCCAGUGAACAAGCACCAAACCAGCGGUAAGUUGUUGGUUGCAAAGCACUGUACAUCAAAAGUGAUUUUUAUACCCUCAAGUGAUGAUUUAAAUGUACAAUUUCUAUCAAAUAGUUCGUAAAUGUUAUUCAAACAUCACACAUAAGAUGCAGCGGUUUUUGGAGAAUAUUUGUUGUGCAUUUUGUUGUAGAGAAUUCCCGACAGUAUUAGCUAGCAACUUACUGUGUCUGGUGGGGGGGGGUUCAUAUAUUUUGUACAGUGCGUGAGUGCAGAGUUGGAUGGUGAGACGGGCAUUGCAUGACGUGCAAUUUUGUGUCGUUCUUAUCAGGUACAUUGUUAAAGAUAUUAUAUUGUAAUUGUAUUAUUUUGGUAACUGCCCCAGUGAACAAGCACCAAACCAGCGAAUAAAGCUACAUGACUGGUGCUACA